AUGCAGCAUGCCGCGCGGGCCUGCCGGGGCGUGGGGCGCCUGGUCGCCCAGUCCCCGCUCGGGGGGGCUGUGGAUCUCGCCACCCGCGGCCUGGCGACCGCUACGCCAGCCGACGAGGUGGUAGACCAGAUGAUCGCAUAUGCACGGGAUCACUACAGGGACAACCCAGAUCAGGUGGACGACAUCCUGAAAGGAGGCCUGGCGAUGGACGUGUCGGGGAUCAGCCAGCAGAGACUUUGGCUCGCCCGCGCCGACACCGCGGCCGAGUGGUCGGACUGGCGGCAGUCGGCCGCGCACGCCGCCGCGGCCUACGCCGCGCCAGCCCCCUCCGACGCGCCUGGGGCCACGGAUGGCAAGUCGAUGGCGGUGUACUCUGGCGUCGCCGCGUUGCUGGCCGACGGCCAGGACGUGGAGGCGGGGGAGGCGCUGGAGCGGCCCGGCGUGGGGAGGCUGGCGGGCCCCUCCCACGCGGCGCUGCUGGCCAUGCUGGGCACCACCUUCCGCGCCUGCACCGCGGAGGACAUCGCCUUCUUCCAGUCAUGCAGCGCGGCCCAGCCGCCAGAGGCGCGUGCGGCCCUGGACCGGGAGGUCGCGGCGGCGCAGCUGACACAGGCCUGGACCGCGGGUGCAUACGUGCCCGCCUACCUAGACGGCAGUACGGUGGUGGAAAGCACGGCGCGCGCGGUGGACACGGCCAUGGCGGCGGCCACGGCGCAGGGCUCCCACGCCGCGCUGGGCCCUCUGUCCAGCCCCCUGCGCUGCGGCGAGGCGCUGGCGGAUGCACACCUGCUGCGGGCGCAGGUGCAUGGCCUGCAGGGGCGGUGGGAGGAAAGCGAGGAGAGCCUGGCCGCGGCGCUGAGUGUGGUGGAGGGCGUGAGCGCGGGAGGUCACCCGCGCCUCGCUUUCCCGCUGGCCCUCCUCGCACACGUGUACAGCCGCACCGCGCGCGUCACCCUGGCGGAGGGCCUGUACAGCUGGCGGUACGGCCAGCUGCUGACGGCGCUGCCGCGCCGCAGCACGGAGGCGGCGGCCUGGCAGGCGCUGGGUCUGCGCCUGGCCGAGCCCCUGUCUGCCAUCAUGCCCAUGCAGACCCUGCUGGGGCCCCUGGAUGUGCUGACGCAAAAGGGGGCCCAGCCUGUGCCGGGGAUGCUGCUCAGCCUCCCCUUCCGGAGAGCCGUGCCCCUGGUCUCCUGCACCAUGGACCCCCCGUGA